GCCAUUUUUGUUCCUCAUCACACAUAUCCCCCAUUGACCAUCGGCCCUAACCCAUCGGCAUCUUUUGCCUUCUCUUCUUCUUUCUCAUCCCCAGCCAGACCUCCUUGAAUCUUCUGACUGUUUCGCUCUUCCAUUUUGAACCGUGCUUUAAGCCUUUGGGGAUCACCACACCUCAAGCUUAAGCUUGUCUUCAUGAUAGGCAUCAACCACAGGGACACCACCAACGACAGUAAGGCACCCAUCCAAGAGUCUACCAUGGCGCCUCCUUCGUCUGACACUGUCCAGGACCCCUUGCAAAAGGCGCAGCCGAUGCAGGAGCAGGAGCACCGACAGGGACAAAACAGCAACAGCGACUCUAACGACAACUCGCCCAAAACGAACUCUAUAAAGACUAUGGAUACACCUGUCGAUGAAAUUAACAUCGAUGCGCCCAGCAAAGACAGUGGGAUCGCUACAGAAGUAACAGAAGCCAUAGAAGUAACCGCAUCAGUACCCAGAGAAACGUCAAGGCUAGAUUCUCGGUUGAGUCCAACAUAUGCCGUGUCUGAGGACAAAGCACGCGAUGGGAACAACAAAGGUCAUCAGGAUAUCCAGUCCGAAGUGGGACUAGAGAAGCAACUGGAUGGGAACCGCGAGGAUGCCACAUCUGAUGAAGCCACCAAAGAAACACAACCAACGCAGUCAGCACAGCUAGACGCCUCCAUAGCCAGUGUCGACCAGCGUACUGGACAGCCGCUAUUGUCGCAACAUCAGGGUAUGAUAAUUGUGACAAAGCCAAAGCUGAAGAGACCACCGCUCCGACCCAUAGACCUCGACAGUGUGCCCAAAAAGUCGAUUCUGAAGAAGGAGAGUGCCUAUCCAUUUAUUGAGCAACCAGUUAGGAACCCGAUUUUUAAAUCCCAAUGGCUACAGAGCACCGUCAGCAAACUUGUGGUCAUGAGUGGCCCAGCAACUCCAACUGCCUACACCGCCAACUCCCCCUCAAUGUUUCAGAAGUUAGUGACCCAAGCAACAGCCGCGACGAUGGCGACCCCGCCAUCGUCAACAGCAUCCGCAGGGCCGAAUGGCGUACGCACUCGGAGGCCUGGAGGACCACCUAUUUUCGCCAACAAUGAGCGACCUCACUCUCUGCUGGAUUCCAACGGGAGCUCAAUUUCACUGCUCUCGGACAAGUCUCUGAAGCGCGUCCGGUUUUCGGUUGGACAAUUGACAACAGAGCAUGUAUUUCACCAUGACGAUGCCUACGAGUCCGCGGAUGAGUCGGAGCCGCAGAAAAACCAAGUGCAGAUUGUCAUGACGCCAGCUCCGCCUAAGAAACUGCUCACGACGUCCGAUGGCGUGAUAGUGGACGACAAUAUUUACACAGCCAAGGAGAUUAUGAACUAUUAUCUCGUCGCAUGCGACAACCGCGAGGAGUUUCCGAUCGAUCGCCUUGUCGACGAAAUGAAGGUCGCAUCGAGCAGACCGUCCAACCCUUUGUUGACCACGAUCGAUUUAUCUAGCGAACAAUUGCCACGGAAAGUGCUUGAGCCCAUCGCUGAUGUGCUCACACUGGAGUUUGGGCUGAAGCACCUUUCUCUGGAUAACUGCGGUCUCGAAGACGAUACACUGAAAAUGAUGCUCUACAGCAUUCUAUUAACGGAUACAUUGACGGUGCUCAGUCUUCAAGACAACAAGAAGAUCAAAACAACUGGAUUCAAGUACAUCUCAGUCUUUGUGAAGAAAACGAAGGCUCUCAAGUCAUUGAACGUCUCUGGAAUUGCAAUGGACAAGCGUUCAGUAGAGUUCCUAGCUCACGCGCUCAGAAUCGGUCGACUUGGCUUUGGAUCAAGGCUUGAAGAGUUGCGCAUGGAUCGCUGUGGGUUGCGCGGGAACCUACUGGAAAUCAUGGCACCGGCAAUAAGAGAGUCAAAUCUGAAGAGCGUGUCCAUGCGAUCCAAUAGGAUUGGUGCAUCUGGUGGUGUCUGGAUCGGCGUUUUGCUGCGGGAUUACGAGGAUCAUCCAAAUGCAGUCAUUCCUAUCAAUAAUGAGGAGCAGGGAUUCAGAAGAGUGUUUCCAGGAAUAUCCAAUCCAGAGCUCUUGAAGCGCAUGCAUGGAAUUGAAGUUUUGGACAUUUCCGAUAAUGAUCUCCGCCAAGGUGCAGACUAUGUCGCUCAAAUGUUGCGCCGGAACAUGUCACUCAAGAGCCUUGUCAUGGCAAACAACAAUCUUGACCCUGCCCGCCUCGCUGUCCUUGCCGAUGCUCUGAAACUUAACAUCGGAUUGGAGUCGCUUGACCUCAGCUACAAUCGCGUGUGCGGGCCUAUCGUCAAAGGACUUACCAGCCUAAUCCAAAAGCUGACAUUCAACAAGACGCUCACCAAGCUCACACUCUCCAAUACUGGCCUUCAAUCCGAAGGAGCCAUCGCUUUGGCGGAAUUCCUGCCCGAGACACGUACCCUGACUCAGCUGGACCUGACAGGAAACGACCUCGUGGACAUUGCAGGAGCCAUGGCGUUAUCUGUCAGCAUUCGAAUGAACAAGAGCUUGACCUGUUUGGACAUGAAUGUUCCGCCAAACGAUGCAGAGUUUGCACGUCUCUCCCGCGACAUCUUGCGUGCAUGUAUCCGUAAUAUGGAGGAGAAGACCGGAUCGAAUGCUGGAAUGCCAUCGCCGGACGAUAUGCCGACCAACACUAUCUUCCGUCAGCCUUCUUCUGUCCAUAUACCCGAACCUACUGCCACCACCGCUGAGGAUAGACGGUGGUUGUUAUUAGAGGGCGUCGCUGGAGAACUCUAUCGGACGAGAGAGACUCUGAAUGCUAUGGAGAAGGCAAUGAAUCAUGAGAAGGCAGUGCGCCGAAACUGGUCGGAACACUUUUACCUCCUUCUAGUAGAAACAAACGAGCAGGCUGCCCCAUCGCCCGUGGCGAAUGGUCAAGUCGGAGAGCCACAGGAAUCAUCAACAGUUACUCCAGCGGCACCCGUUCCUGUCCAUCCAGAGAGGGAGAAGAUGAUCGCGUUCUCAAAGGGCAUCCUCUAUCGUGCCUCGCCACAAGUUGAGCAAUUAUACCACCAAUGCAAGCGCCACCAAGUUAACAUCAUGAACUUUACAGCCAGGACUGAUAAUGAUAAAGCACUACACGAACUGGAUUCGAUGUUCAAUCUCCUCAACUUUUUCUUGGAAGCGUACCGUGGACUGUUUGCGUUGCCAGAGAUACCCGCGAACUUCGUUGUUAACAAGAGGACCAACUCUUUGCCGCCUGCGGAUUCAAAUAUUCAACCUGUACCUGUCUCGGACUCUUUAGAAAAGCCCAGCGAACAGCUUGUGAACGGAGACAAGCAGGAGAAGGGUCAGGAUCAGAAUCGGAGUCAGAAUCAAAAUCAGGGUCAGGACCAGGGCCAGGACCAGAGUCAGGAUCAGGAUCAGGAGCAAGUUGUUCCAGAAGUGUUUACAGAGGAGCCGAGCGACGAUUUGGAGUCAUCCUUCUUAUUGGAAGAUGAGGAUGAUAUGGAUGAUGAGGUAUAUACGAACGAUGCCCUGAUCGAUGUUCGGAGGACCUCGCUUUUAGGAGAGCACCGUUCUACGACCCCUCCAAUCGCAGAUGAGCACAGUACGGGUAACGUUGGUGGUUACCAUGGAAAGGAAUUGAGGCCCACGCCAGUGACGACAUCAGGGACUGAUCGUACGGAUGGUGAGCGAUCACCUUCGACGCUGGCGAGUCCCCUGGAGAAACUGCGAAAGGCAGCGGAGGAGGAGGAGGGCGAAGUUCUGCGCCGAGGAAAGGAUCUUUUAGAGAAUGAGCUUGGUAAUGAUCUCGUAGACGAAACCAUGACAGGCGAAGAAUUGAAAAUCCAGAUCCUCGCGUCCGAGACCGACCUAUAGACGAAAAAAAAAAAAUGCAUAUAUGAUUGAGAAGGAUGCGAGAGGCCCCGCAAUGGUUCCUUUCUGCCGCAUAAUGAAAUAAACUGUGUACAAAGGAAAAUAAAAUCAACGUGC